AAAUUAUUUUGGAGAAAAAUGACAAAUAUCAUCAUAUUAUUCUCCACUUUACACGUCAACAGUGCAUGUAAUGCACACACAUCGUAUAUUUUUGUUGAUUGUGUAAAAAGUGUCAACAUAAAACAUCGAAAUAUUAGUUAUGGUGCCAAAAAUAAACGUCGAUUUUAGGUGCCAAAGUGAAAAUUCUAUCCAAAUUUAGGUGUCUUGUGAUGUGUUUGGUCUAUAUGUUACUAUGAAAUAACAUUCUUUCGAUUUCAUCAUUCUCUAAUAAAAUUUAUUUGCGUCGGAUACUUGCAUCAAACUAAUAUAUACAUGAUGAUAUCUUUAAAUAUACAUAACUGCGUUUAACUAUGAUUAAUCAAUAUACAUACACACACAUAUAUAUAUAUAUAAAGGAGUCACUUAGCCCAUCUUAUGUGGCAUGUCUUAGAGACCUUCAAUACUAUUUAUCUUUUUUGUGAUUUUUUUAGCCAUUUCUCCUAAGAUUUGAAUAUUUUUCUUCUUUUUAUAUUUAAUGUCUUUAAUAAAAGUAAUUAUUUAUAACUCACACUUCUUCAAUUAUACUUUUAAUAAUAUCAAUAAAUCUAACCUUUUAAUCUUCAUAAUCCCCAAAAUUUAAUUUAUAAGUUUAUGACACCUUAUGGUAGUCCUCCAUUUUGCCUAUACAGAUUCAUAGUUUGUUUCAUCAAAAUUCUCAUUCAACUUCUUUCUUUUCUCCAUUUGUGAAGGCAAUAAAGAUAUGUUGGGGUAAUCUUCUCUCUUUCUUUUAUUUAAUUUUAUUAAUAUGUAAUAAUAUGCUAAAGAUGAGAAAUAAAAAAGAUAAUAAUGACUAACCUAAGUGUUAUAUUGAGCUAUUCAUAUGAUAAUCUACAAUAAUGUAUCAUAGAUUUUGCUCUAGAAUUCUUUGGAUCGAAUUUAAGUUCUUAUGAUUCUUAUACAAUAGCAAAUUUUGAGGUGAUCAAGUAGCAGUAAUGAUCAAGUAGCAGUAAAAAAAUAAAGUGUAAAACAGUAAAGACUAUUAGCAUCUCCAAAGUGUAAAAAGAGUAAGAAAAGACAUGUAUGGUGAUUUUGUUUAAUAAACUUUUUUUACUUUUAUUAUAUAAACUUCUAUUACAGUUUAACUUUUACUUGAUAACAACCUAUGAUUUAAGAAUUAUGAAAAUUAAUUAUGAUUGAAAAUUAUUUAGGAUUCACAAGAAUAUAUAAAAUAACAAGCAAACCAACGAGGUUGAUUACAAAUUUGAGAUAAAUUGAAAUCAAGAUUGUUGACAUUGUAAAAUCAUGUAAGCAAUCAUGAAUUUUCGAUCUUUGUCUUUUCCCAAUUGAAAAUGUGAAUCAACAUAUCAUUAAGCGGUCAAUAUUUUUAAAUCCAAAAUACACAUAUAAAUUAACAUUAUAAUUUAUUUAUUUAUUUAUAAAUUAUCAACUUUUUAAAAUACAAGCUAAUGAAAGUACAUUUUUGUGAUUAUUAUAGAAUUUAGAUAACUAAAAACAUUAUAUUAUAAAUUUAAGAAAGAUCAAGAAUCGCGCGUAGUGCAAAAAAGUUCUCUAAUUAUAGUAUAUUCUUAUUUUAUUAAUUAUAACACAAUUUUGAUUUAAUGUAAAUACUGCUAUGAAGUAUGGGCUAUGAUAUAAUGGACAAAUACCAAAAUAUCAAUAUGACAAUAUUUUGAGUUUUGGACAUUUAAAGAGGGAAAAAUUACAUAGAUAGACCAUUUUUAAGUCUUAACUACAUAAAUGAUAGUAGUUUAAAAAAAUUACAAAACUGAAAGAUUUUUUUUACGUGUAUGGCCAAUUUAAAAUUUUUCAAAAAUAAUUAUUAUUUCUAAUUUAAUUUUUUAACUAAUCAAAAAUACCUUAAUUUAAGGGACCCAUUAUACUUUCAAAUUUAAACUGUGAAAAGGAUAAUUCCAAAAACUGCUAUCAAAUCCUUUUUCACGAUAAUUUCAAAAACUGAUACCUAAUUUUUCUCUCUCUACCAAAUAUUUUAUCUCUGUUGUAUGAUUUAUGUGCUCUUUUUUUUUUGUAACUCCAUUUUUGCUCUUAUACGUUCCUUUAUUUGUUAAAGGUAUAUAUAUCAUCUAGUAUAUUGAGUUAUAGUGUAUUUCGUAGUUCUAAUUUCAUGGGUUAAUCAUAUUUGAAAUUACUAUUGAUUUUAUAGCAAAUUGAAGCUAUGUUUAUAUUUAAUUUGUUCUAUGAAUUGAUACGAACCCCAUUUCUUAAUUUACAGUACGGAGUAGUUAUACUUCUAUUGAUGAACUUUUUUUUGAGGUAUUGCUUCAAUGUGGCAAUAAUUUUACAAAAAGUUCUUCUUGUUCAUUAAUUUUUUUAUUGUUAGUUAUAUAAUUGCUUUAUUCAUAGUUUGUUGAAAAAUGGAGAAAGAAAAAUCAAUAAUUGAAAUGAAUUUGGAUGAUGAAGUUGGUAAAAUAUUAACACGUAUUGGUGAGCCAACCUUUAUUUUGUUAUCUCCGACACCUGUUUCUGAUGCGAAAGGGAGUAACACGCAAAGUGUAAGUAUUUUGCCAUCUCCGACAGUUGAUUAUGCUGAUGUUGAACGAAGAAAGGAGGAGUCGAAGAAGCAUAUGGGUAGUAGAAAGUUGGAGAAUACCAAAAAAGGAAAAUCCAUUAUACUUGAACCUGGAAAACAAUGUUUGAGUGUCAACAAUAAAAGGCAAAAAAUAAAUGUAGAUGAACUACAAAGCUCUAAAUUGAAGUUGAUGGUGAAGAAUAUUUUUCCAACUCCCUUUGAGAAGUCUAGGUUGGAUUUGUAUGGUUUGUUUAAGGAUGUAGUUGACAAUGAUGAAUUAAUUGGUGUUGAUGCAUCAACACACUUAAAUGAUGACGACUUUACUACGCCACCUCCUGUCCCAAACAAGGGGAAAAGCAAAGCAGAUCCAGUACCUCGUGAUAAUAACACUAAUUUGCUUUGUGAGAUAAAACGUAUAUCUGAUGGACAAAAGGAUCUAAGAGAAAACCUUCAACUGGUUCAGAGACACAAGCUCCAAAGCAUCAGUAGCAUUCCAGUCUCAGCAGUCAGAGUUAGCAGUGAGUCCUCAUAUUUUGAGGACAUGACCAUUUUUUUAUCUCAUUAAUUAAUUUAUUAGUUAGAGUUAGUUGGGGAUAUGUCUCAUCAACUCCUUAUUCGGACAGUCAUGUAUUACAGGCUUUUCAAACUACAGUAUGUGCAGAUAGUUUAUUUUGG